AUGUCCGCCUCCCAAGACUACAAGAGUGGCCUGCUCCCUCUUCUCAUCUCCAACAAUGUCCUCUCCUUCGGUACCUUUGUCCUGAAGUCCGGUCGCGAAUCUCCCUACUUUUUUACCUCUUCUCUCCUUCAUACCGCUCCCUUGCUGCGCGCCACCUCCGCUGCUUACGCCAGUGUGCUCUCCGCCGAGCCCUUCGUCACCACUGACGCCAAUGGCACCGCCAAGCCCAACUUUGACAUUAUCUUCGGCCCCGCCUACAAGGGUAUUCCUAUCUGUGCCGCUGUCACCAACGAGCUGGCCGUUCGCGAUGCUCUCGAGGCUUCACCCAAGGGUACAUGGGACAAUGUGAGCUACUCCUUCAACCGCAAGGAGGCUAAGGCUCACGGUGAGGGAGGCAACAUUGUUGGCGCUCCUCUGAAGGGCAAGCGCGUUGUCAUUGUUGACGAUGUUAUUACUGCUGGAACUGCCCUGCGUGAGGCUGUCAGCAUCAUUGAGAAGGAGGGUGGUAUCGUUGCUGGUGUUGUUGUCUUGCUGGACCGUGAGGAGCGCGUCAGCGACACCGAGCCCAAGAGCGCCAUUGGUGUUGCUCAGCGUGAUCUGGGUGGUAACAUCCCCAUCCGUGCUGUCAUCGGUUUACACGACCUGAUUGAGCAACUCGGUGACAAGAUCGGAGCUGCUGAGAUUCAGCGCUUGAAGGAUUACCGUUCUCGCUACGGUGCUGAGUAA